AUGGUAAUCAGAAGUACUUGCAGCCCAGUGCUGAAAAUUGGUUUUCAAUUACUCGGCAUUUGGCCGAGUGAUUUGUAUUCUACUGUUCACUUUCUGAGUAUUAUAUUGGGCAUACUGAUAAUACUGUACUUUCAGUAUUUGUACAUUUUUGAACACAUGAAAAUCAGUGAAAUCCCGAAUCUCAUUGAUUGUUUGACUUUAACUAUAUCUUACAAUUCGACGUUAUUUAAAUUGAUUGGACUGUGGAUACGUCGUCAAAUUUUUCGUCAAAUGUUAGUUGCUAUGGAUAAUGACUGGCGCGAGUGCAUCAAUAUGGAAGAACAUUUGUAUAUGAUGACAGUUAAAGCCAAUGUAGCUUAUUUUAUUUCCAAUGGUUUAUUGUGUAUUAAUGCAGUUGCUACAGUACUUUAUUUAUUAGGAGAUUACGUAAUUCGUUUCGUGUCUUUGACUGAUGAUCAAAAUGACACUUUGCGGCAGCUUCCUAUAAAGAUACAACUUCCCUUUGAAACUCAACAAUCGCCACUGUUUGAGUUUCUUGCAGUGACAAUAUUUUUAUACACGUUGAUACUUGGUAAAUUAAUUGUCAGAGCAGCAUACGAAUCGCCGUGGUAUGAUAUACCGUCACAUCAGAGUAAAAUGUUAAUACUAAUAAUAAUGAGAUCUCAGAAGCAAUUAGCCAUAACGGCAGGGAAGAUGAUGGAUAUGUCGUUCGAAACUUUUUCGAAUCACUUCAGUAUCAGUGAGCUCUCGAAUAUUAUCGAUGGCUUGUCUUUAGCUUUAGAUUACAGUUUGACGUUUGUCAAAUUGGCCAGCCUAUGGAUACAUCGUCGAGUUUUUCAUAAAAUCUUAGCUGUUAUGGAUAAUGACUGGCAUGAGUGCAUCAACAUCGAUGAGCAUUUGAAUAUGAUGACAAUUAAAGCGAGUGUAUCUCAUUUUUAUUCUAAUGCUAUGUUGAGUUUUAACGGUGUAGCUGCAGUAUUGUACGUUUUGGGUGAUUAUGCAAUUCGUUUUGUAUAUUCAACCAAUGAUUACAAUGAUACCUUGCGGCAGCUUCCUAUUAAGGUGCUUCUUCCCUUUGAAACUGAGCAGUCACCGAUUUUUGAGCUAUUGGUCGCGAUUCUAUUUUUACACGUAAUAAUAGUUUCGUUUGUAGUUGCUGUUUUAAACGGAUUAAUUUUUACUUUGCGAUGUUCGCACGAUAAUCGUUUGCUUUUGACGAGAAAACAUCGCCGUGGUCCAAUCCUAUGCGAGAUAAUGCGCGCAACUUCCAUCAGCACUUCCGUCGAGAUCGGACUCCGCUUUGUCGGAAUCUGGCCGGGUUUGCCGUACGGAACUAUCACUUGGUUCGCGUACAUGAUGAGCUUGGUGUUCGCGCUAUACUUUCAGUACGCGUACAUCUUCAAUCAUUUCGACAUCAAUAAUAUCUCCAACCUUGUCGAUGCACUCAGCAUUACGUUAGCUUACAGUCUUGGUUUUCUAAAGAUAUUUUAUGAUAUCAUGUUAGCGAUGGAAGAAGAUUGGAGUAACGUCAAUAUUUAUGACAAAUCAAUAUCGUGCAUUAUGGCGAGUAAUGCCAAUUUAUCGCGUCGCUGCUCGAAUGUGUUAAUCAGUAUUAACGCUACAGCCGCAAUUUGCUACUCCAUGACAAAUCUUCUACGUCGCUCGACUGACUUUAAGGAGGAUCUAAACAUUAGUUCGAGAGUAUUGCCUGUAAAGAUGAGAUUUCCCUUUAAAGUUGACGUGUCUCCCCUCUUCGAGCUUUUAGCGGUCGGUCAGAUUCUUCACGUAGUGUCGAUCGCCACUUUAGUUGCUAUGAUGAAUUGCUUAAUUAUUACGCUGGUGCUUCACGUGAGCGGACAAAUCGAUAUUCUUCGCCGGGAGUUACUGACAAUUUGCGGCGACAAAAUUUCGCAGCGUGAUUCAAUCGUCACAAGUGUCAAGCUUCUGAUUAUCCGGCACCAAAAGAUAAUAACACUUUCGGACAAUAUCGAGGAACUUUAUUCCGACAUUGCGCUGAUGCAGUUCCUAUCGAAUACCGUGGUCAUCUGUUGCAUUGGUUUUACCAUCAUAGCCUCUCUUAUUAAGGACGGAGCCACAGUGGUGAUUUUGAAAUCUGCUAUUUUUUACGUUGCCGUAACAUUGGAAGCUUUUAUCUUUUGUUUCGCGGGAGAAUACCUCAGCGCCAAGAGCAAAUCGAUUGGCGAUGCAGUCUACGAGGCGCUAUGGUAUAACAUGACGCCUACUGAGUGUCGUAUUUUGUUAUUUGUGAUAUUAAGAUCACAGAAGAGAUUGACGAUUACCGCUGGAAAUGUUAUGGAUCUUUCUCUGGAAGGAUUUACGACUUCGAAAAUGGACUCAAAGACUGAUUCCUUGAAGAUCCUUGAUGGCACUGUCAGUCGUUCAAUCGAGAUCGGUCUCCGCGUGAUCGGCGUUUGGCCCAACUCGUCAUGUACGGUUCUCCGUCGCGCCUUCUGGAUGAUCACUCUUACGAUGGCACAGACCUUUCAGUAUCGAUAUUUUGUUAUACACGUUCGCACGGAUGAUCUCUCGCAUCUGAUGGAUGGCCUUAGUACUACGAUGUCUUAUAGCCUCCUAUUGUUAAAACUUACAAUAUUUUGGAUUAAUCGACGGAUAUUCCACGACAUCCUGACGAUGAUGUCCCAAGAUCGGAGCGAGUGCGUGACCGAGUGGGCCAUCUGCUCAAUGUCGAGGACGACCGAUGUGUCGCAUCGGUCUUCCCACUUGAUCAUUGGUCUUUAUUCGAUGUCAGUAUUUCUUUAUGGCACAGGCGUACUCGUUGCUCACACUGACGAAUCCGACGAGCAAUUUGCGGUGCCAGCGCGAGAAUUGUUUCUUAAGAUGGAGUUACCUUUCGAGUCCAAUACCUCCCCUGCGUACGAGCUCGUAAUGAUCACGCAGUUUUUCCACCAGCUUUCAGCAGCCACGAUAGUUGGUGUGUUUAAUGCCUUAAUUGUUUCAUUGGGCAAUAUGAUUGGCGAUGCAGCGUACGAAACUAAGUGGUACAACUUGAAUCCCACUCAGAGUCGUAUUUUAUUAUUGCUGAUUUUGAGAUCACAAAGAAAGUUAACUAUUACAAUCGGAAAAUUUAUGGAUCUUUCUCUAGAACGUUUCACAACAACCAAGAUAGAUUCAACGAAUAUUGUGUGCUGGUCUGUGCAAUAUGGUCUUCGUAUAAUAGGGAUAUGGCCAAGCACGUCAUGCGCAAUUUUACUUAAAGUCCUCAGCAUAUCAUCAAUGAUCGUGUUUCAAACCUUUCAGUAUCAACACGUGAUCGUGAAUUUUGGAGAGGAGGAUUUAAUGAUUCUUAUGGAUGCACUAAGCGUAACUUUCGCUUAUACCCUUUUGCUUAUCAAAAUGCUUAUUUUUGCAUUCAAUUCUCGUCUGUUGAACGAAAUCAUAACAUGCAUGAUCAAAGAUUGGAAGAAUUGCGAUAUUUCGGAUGAGUAUACAAUGACCAGAAUAGCUUACGUAUCUCGUUGGGUCUCCAACAUUAUAAUUUGCUCGCAUGUGACAUCAGUAUUCCUCUACGCGGUAGGGACAAUAAUGAAGAUCAAAAAUGAAAAUCAAACCGAUGCUCGAGAGCUCAUCAUCAAAAUGGAGAUACCUUUUAAGAUUGAGAGCACAUCAGUACACGUAGCUGUCCUUGUUACUCAAUUUAUUCACCAGACGAUUGCAGCUGGAAUGGUGGGUGUAGUGAAUUCCUUACUAAUAAUAUUGGUUCUUCACGUGUGUGGACAGAUUGAUAUAAUGCGGCAGAAACUGAGUGAAAUUACGCGGAAGAACGUGGAGCAGAAGAACAUCGAGCAGGGUGUGAACAAAAACGUCAUAAAAGCGCUGAUCGUUCGACAUCAGCGAAUUAUCACCUUCUCCAAAAAUAUCGAAGAUCUCUACUCCAAUAUUGCACUGGUACAAUUUGUAUCGAAUACUCUGGUUAUCUGUUGUUUAGGAUUUCUCAUCGUAAUCAGCGAAAUGGUCGGUGACGCGGCGUACGAAUCGUUUUGGUAUGAACUGAAUCCUAGUCAAAAUCGAGACAUCCACAUUAUGAUCAUAAGAUCCCAACAGCACUUAACGCUCACGAUUGGGAGAGUUAUGGAACUUUCUUUGAGACAAUUUACCAGCAUCUUUCAAUAUUGGUACUUGAUCAUGCACUUCGCCGAGAGCAAUAUUUUCUUUCUCAUGGACGUGAUAAGCGCAACUCUGACUUAUAGUCUUCUGUUUGUCAAACUAAUUUUUAUCAUAUUCCAUGUUCGUCUGCUGGACGAUAUCAUAGCACAUAUAGUCGAUGAUUGGAAAAAGCGCGAUAUUUCUGACGAAUACACGAUGAAUAGAAUGGCUUACAUCUCUCGGUGGUUUUCCAAUUUGAUAAUAAGUUCGCAUGCAGCAUCGGUAUUCCUCUAUGCAAUCGGUACUCUAUUAACGCACAAAAGCAGCAACCAAACUGAUUCUCGAGAGCUCAUUCUCAAGAUGGAGUUACCUUUCGAGAUCGAAACCACAUCAGUAUAUUUUAUCGUUCUCAUUAUACAGUUCGUUCAUCAGGUAAGCGCUGCCAGUGUGUUGGCUGUGCUAAAUUGUUUGCUGCUAACAUUGAGUAAAAUGAUUGGCGAUGCGGCGUAUGAAGCGCUUUGGUAUAAAUUGAAUCCUAUUCAGAAUCGAGAUAUUCUCCUUAUAAUUAUAAGAUCACAGAAGUAUUUGACGCUCACGAUCGGAAAGGUCGCUGAUCUUUCGCUAAAGCAAUUUACUAACGUAAGGAUUUAG